AUGGGGAACAAUGAAACCAACAAUUUAUUAUUUGGUGAUGGAUCAGAUAAAAUAUUUGGGAUGGAGAAUUUUGGAAACACCUGUUAUUGCAAUUCUAUAUUACAGUGUUUAUAUUACACCGAGAGCUUCCGAUUGAAAUUAAUUCAACAUAACCAAACAAAGCAUGAUCCCAAACUUAUGGUUAUUGGAGUCAAACCCCAUAGUUUUACAAGCAAAUACGAACAACUAGUUCAAAAGAAACUACGCGAACAAGGUGGGAAACUGGGAUCCCUGAAUUCAAACACAACUACAGAAGAAAGGCCUAAGCAGGGUAGUAGGAAAGGAUCUAUUUUUGGUAUUAAAUUUAACAAUUCAACAAACACCUCAACGACAACGGUUCCCAUAGUUAUCCACGAUUCCAAAAAGCCAUAUAUGAAAUAUAUUGACAAAGCUAAAGAUUGCGAGGCCCUAUCAUUGGAGCAGCGCAUAAAAAUUAGCAAAUCCCCUGAAUUUCAAAAGUUAGACAUCUUGAUAACAAGACCCUCAAUUAAUGAAACCACCAAAAAGCCUGUUGAUGACGACAAUAGGAAUGAUUAUUCGCAGAGCUCAUCUAUGCUACUCAAUGAUCAACCACAACAAAGCAUACACGAAGGGUCUAUUAGCACUACUUCUAGUGCUAUAAUAGUUGGAAUACCACAUCCUGAAGCUAACUUGAGUACACCAAUUAACCCAUUCAAUUCAGAUCCCAAUAGCGAUCAGAGAAAGAGAUCUGCUUUGAUUAAUGGUCCGAUUAUCAACCUAGAUACAUCAUUGCAACUUCCGAGCGAACAACAGGAAGACACAGCCUUGUUAUAUGCGUUGAAAGAUUUAUUUGAGAGUAUGGUUGAAAACAAAUCUACCAUUGGUGUAGUAUCACCAACAUACUUUAUUCAGAAACUUAAAGAUAAGAAUUUCUUGUUUCGUCAGAACAAUAUGCACCAUGAUGCUCAUGAAUUUUUCAAUUAUUUAACCAACGAAAUCAUUGAAAGUUUGAACAAGGAAGGUUUUACUGACGAUAAAAAUUGGUGCAGUGAUAUUUUCCGAGGUUUAAUCACCAAUGAAACCAAGUGCCUAUCUUGUGAAAAGAUUACGUCUAAACAGGAGCUAUUUCUAGAUUUGUCCAUUGAUAUACCACCAGGAGAAAGUGCGUUUUCAUUAAGUUAUGCCUUAAACAAUUUUUCGAAAUCCGAAACCUUAACCCACCAGAAUAAGUUUUAUUGCAACACUUGUUCCUCUUUACAAGAGGCAGUGAAAACAAUAAAGCUCAAAAAGUUGCCCGAAGUAUUAGUUAUCAAUUUGAAGAGAUUCAAGUACGAUGAACAAAUGGACAAGAUGGUUAAGCUUUUUGAUUCCAUAAAUUACCCUUUCAAGUUGCGUUUGUUUAACACUACUGAUGAUGAAUCGUUGACGGAUUUGUUGUAUGAAUUGUAUGCAUUGGUUAUUCACAUUGGUGGUGGACCGAUGCAUGGACACUAUGUCUCGCUAUGCAAAAUCAAAGCUGGAUUAUGGUUGCUAUUUGACGACGAAACUGUUGAGUUAGUGGAGGAUUCAUAUGUAAUGAGGUUUUUCGGCAACGGUCCUGGUUUAGCAAGUGCUUACAUUUUGUUCUACAGACAGGCUAAAUACGAUCCUGACUUUGGAUUUAAUCCUGAUGAUAUUUACAAUGGCAACGACGACUAUUCUCUCAAACAAACAGAGGACGAAUCAAGCACACUUGCUACUUCUGUUGAAAAUGACUAUCCAGAUGCCAAGUCAGAGGCUUCUUCUAUUGCCUCUUUCAAUGUGAACGAGGCGACUAAAAAGACAAAUGUGUUCAAAAAUUUCAAGUUUGACAAAGAGGACAAAGCUCCUGGUCCAAUUUCUCGUAGCAAUAGUAUUAGUGCAAACGUUGCACCCAGUGUCCCGAUCAAAGAGGUCAAGGAGAAGAAAUCCUGGGUUGGUAAUUUGAAAAGAAGAAAUACCGAGUCCAGCAAUAGUGGGAAUAUACCGCCAAUGGAAAGAAAACCAUCUACAAGCAGUACAAUAUCUGGAAAUGGUAACACCUCCGAAAGAAGAAGAAGCAUAUUUGGGUUUAAACGGAAGUAG